CAGACCCGGUUGAAUAGUACUCAACCCGAUAGCCCUGCAUCUCCAAUUCUCCAUUCUUGAAAAUUUCAGGCUUCCGGUUCCCAUUUCCCCCCCUUCCCGCUUUCCUGCUCCUCGUCCACUCGUACUCGAUUCUAAAACCCUUUUGAGUUUCCUGCUAUGCUGCUUUUUCUGUUCACGGCUUUGAAGAAUAACCAACCGAAAUCUGAUCUCACUACUUCAAUGGUUGCCGUGUAAACUUUUGUUUUUCCCACCUGUCAGAGUUUUCUUGUUAGGAUGUUUACAUUGAGGUAUUAUUCUCCACCUGAUUUUAUCGGAAGAUUGCAAUUCCUUGAAUUCCCGAAGAAAGUUAGCAACUGCGUGGUAUGUGCAGCUAAAGGUCCUCGACCAAGAUAUCCACGAGUUUGGAAAACCAGAACAAAAGUAGGGACCGUUUCCAAGUCAUUGAAACUUGUUGAAUGUAUAAAGGGAUUAUCAAAUGUCAAAGAGGAAGUCUAUGGGGCGCUCGAUUCUUUCAUUGCAUGGGAUUUGGAAUUCCCUUUAAUUACUGUGAAAAAAGCUUUGAAAGCACUUGAAUAUGAGAAGGAAUGGAAAAAAAUAAUUCAGGUUACCAAGUGGAUGUUAAGCAAAGGCCAAGGAAGAACAAUGGGGAGCUAUUAUUUAUUGCUAUAUGCUUUGGCAGAGGAUGGAAGAAUUGAUGAAGCCGAAGAGCUAUGGACGAGGUUAUUUUCUGAUAAUUUAGAAAGUAUGCCUCGAGUAUUCUUCGAUAGAAUGAUUUUCAUUUAUUACCGAAGGCAAAUGCAUGACAAGAUGUUUGAGGUAUUUGCUGAUAUGGAAGAGCUUGGCAUCCGACCCACCGUCUCAAUUGUUAAUAUGGUUGGAGAUGUGUUUCAGAAGUUGGGUAUGUUGGACAAGUACCAGAAAUUGAAGAAUAAAUACCCGCCACCGAAAUGGGAGUACAGGUACAUUAAAGGAAAGCGUGUUAAAAUCCGGUCACAGAAUCUCAAAGAACCCGAGAAUGGUAACAAAGAGGUAGAUGAGUUUAGCAAUGAAAGUAACAGAGAUGAUGAGUCAAAUUCAGAUGAAUUGGAAGUGGAUGAAUACGAGGUCUCUGAAAUGGAUGAACCCGAACCAGGUGAAUCUGUAACAUCUCCUUCUGCACCCUGAUAGUAAGGCAUCUAUAUGUUUGUGAUUAGGAUUUCUAUGUUAUUUUUCGAUACUUUGAUUAGAUAAAGUUACUAGAUUGAAAGUGUAUCACGUUAAAAGAUGAAUGCAUCCAAU